CACGGACCAGUCGAUAACAUCACUAUGCGUGCCUAUUACUUCGAUAACAUUCCAGGCGACCAGCGGCUGCCGCACGAUUCUGGCAACCCUGUGUCAGAUGAGAUCCUGAAAUCUAUUGGAGCACUAUACUGGCACAUCCCUACGAACCAACAGGAACAGAUUGAUACUAUUGCAGAGGAAAGAAGCUACAAGCACAGAGACAUUAUUACAGUCACCAAGCAGGACCUAGGAGAUGAGUACGAGCCCUUGUUGGAGAAAUUCUUCCAAGAGCACAUGCAUCAAGAAGAGGAGACAAGAUAUGUUAUCGAUGGUAGCGGCUUUUUCGAUCUUCGAGAACAUUCCUCAGGAUCAUGGAUUCGUUGCCAGAUAGUCGAGGGCGAUCUAUUCGCUAUCCCUCCUGGCAUCUACCAUCGAUUCACUCUUGACGAGAAUAACAUGAUCAAAUCUUUGCGUUUCUACAAGGAUAAACCCAACGGGACUCAUAUCAACCGCGACAGCUCGACAGAUGUGCACCCUUCCCGUGUUGAUUAUUUGAAGAAUCUAGCUGUCAACUGAUUAAGAAGUCCGUUCUUUCCCUAUGAUAGGAUGUAUGUACCAGAGGUCUGUGUAGAGGAGAGUUGUGUAACUAUACGAUUGGAGCGUACCUGGAGAUGCGACUGGGACACUGGG